AUGGAGAAAGAAAAAGAAGGAACCAAUCCUGAUUUAGAAAAAUUAAUUGAAGUUUUUAAAAGUGGAGACAAAAAUAAAAUUGAUGGUUAUCUAGAAAAAACUCCACUUAAUCUUAAGACAUUAAAUGAAGACGCAAAAAAUAAAUACAACAGAGAGUCACUGUUACACCUAGCGUUAAAGUACGAGAAUACAAUUGGAUUUUUUAAAACUGUUUUGAAUCAUAAUCCUGAGUAUUUAAUGGAACAAAGGAGUAAUUAUAUAAGUCCAUACCAAGGUCAGACACCCCUUCAUGUUGCAAUAGCAAUAAAAAAUAUAGAAGCUGUGAAAAUUAUCCUGGAAAAAGCAGCAAAAGAGCAAUUGCGUGAACAACUACUCUGUUUAUGUGCAGUGGGAAACGAAUUUAAGAACACCAUUUUCAUGGGACAGCUGCCAUUAAGCAUUGCAGCCCUUGCAGCUAAGUCGGAAGGAAUUGACAAGGAUAUAAUUGAUUAUUUGAUUUUAAAUAAAGCUAAAAUAUGGUACAAAAACGAAAAGGGUGACACUGUAUUCCAUUCCUUGAUCAAAUAUGCCGAUGUUAAACCUGAUAAAAUCCAGCGUAUAAGAAAAACAUUCAAAUAUAUAUGGGAAUGUUUCCUUGAAAACUGUGACGCUGAUUCUACAGAACCAACAGAUAUAUUAUUCUGGGAAAACAAUGCCGGUCUUACACCCUUACAUUUAUCUGCAAAACUUGGAGUUAGUGAACUUUUUGGUUUCAUAGUCAAAAUUGAGAAUGUUUAUCGCUUCAAAAAUGUCAAAGAUGGUAUAUUUGAUAUUCGGGAAUAUGAUGUGACUGAAUUUGAUCGAUUGAUAAAUUAUCAACAAGUAGAAAAAAAUGAAUGGAAUCUCACCAUAUUAGAAAGUCUUUUCGAUCUUAAAUGCACUUGCUGUGAAGCAUUUCAAAUCCUUAACCAUAAAUUGGUACAUUUUAUCUUGCAUCGUAAAUGGCAGGCUUACAGAAACACUAUGAUCAUUUGGAUGAUCUUACAUUUUACAUUUAUGUCCGUGUUUACUUUUUCCAUGAUUGAAAAAUCGCGUCUGUUGUUUUGUACUGAAAACAGUGAGACAUCAUCACACAACGAGACAAUAUCACUCAACAAUAAAGCAACGUCUUGUGAUAUUGGAGAAGAGUUCUAUGCAGUGUUGUUCAUGAAUUUAGUGGUUGGAAUACCGUACUUUAUGUUUGGAGUUUCUUGUGUCCUAAAACUAGUUGGACGUUGCACGAGCGCAUUUGGAAACUCUCGUAAUUUUGGUUUAAUGUUCCAUAAUUUGGACUACGUCAUUUGCUUGUUAGUUAUAGCCAUCGGUGCACUGGCAGAAUGCUUUUAUAUAUUUUUUAAAACACAUUCAGACUUUCAUUUAGUGCUUGUAUUGAUAUUUGGUUGGUACUUCAUGCUUUAUUUUUCCCCGUUCAGCAAAAAUCUUGUCUCUUUCACAUACAUGAUAAAAUCAGGAUUUUUGGAGGAUUUCGUUCCUUUUGCCUUGGUUUUCCUGUGGUUAUUGGUUUCGUUUACAACAGUAAUGUACAUGCUAUUCCGUGGUACGGAUAAUGUAGAGGAGUUUGACGACUUUGGAAGUGCUCUUCUGACGAUGUUUAACUUAGGAGUAGGUUUAAACAAUAUAGAUGUGUUAAACCAGUCAAGGGUCCCGUGGCUAGCAUACACAAUAUUUGUUGUGUUUGCAAUACUUUCUUUCAUUCACUUGUUCAAUGCGUUGGUUGCCGUUAUGUCUACGACAUUUUCUGUUGUACACCAAGAAAGAAAGUCUUAUCUUAAAUAUAACAAACUUAGAAUGAUAGAAUUAUUUGAAGAUAUUGUGCUAGUAAGAGGACUAGUUAAUCGACUACCUUUCCUGAAGAAUGCAAACCAUUGGGAUCGAAGUGUUGAAGUUACGCCAUCGACUUCGUGUUCAGAAAUUUUUAAACAACACAGCAGUUUGAAAAGCACGACGGAAAAAAGAAGUAAAAAGAGCAUAACAAGAUAUUAUUCGGUUCUCCGUUUGUUGGAUGACUUAAGUGAAUAUAAGGAUGAUAUUGACGAGGAGAAGAAAAUGAAGGAAACUAAAAACAUAAAAAUCAUGUCAAAAUGUUUUUUCAAAGCAGUCAAAACGUUCAAAAAAGAGACGAACAGUUCGAUGCAAUUUAACACAAUUCACCCCGAGAAUGAAAUAACAUUUGUUCAAAUACAAUCCCCAGAGUAGUUCCUUAAUAAUAAUGCAUCUUCUGUAUGCAUAUAUUCAAGAACGAUCCUGACGACGUUUUUAAAUCAUAUUUUUAAAGAUUCAUUAGCUCAGAUAUAAUUCUGUUUUUACUUUUUAAAUUGUUGCUGUG